GACGGUCUGGACAAUAAAGACUAUUUACACUAAAAAUGGAGAAGACGUGCAUUACCGGCGUCGUUAUCUUGCUUUGUUAUGUUGCUGCAGCUAUUGCUCAGAAAAGAACACUGAUAUUGGUAGACAAUUGGUCAAUCCGAGAAACGCAUUCAACAUUUUUUAGAUCUCUGAGAGAUCAAGGAUUUGAUUUGACAUUCAAGACUGCUGAUGAUUCUAAUUUAGCGUUAGUAAAAUAUGGAGAAUUUUUAUAUGAAAAUCUCAUCAUUUUCUCGCCAUCUGUUGAGGAUUUUGGAGGUUCAGUAGAUGUUGGAGCCAUAACCAACUUUAUUGAUGGAGGAGGAAAUGUAUUAGUAGCAGGAAGUUCUUCCUUGGGUGAUCCUAUUCGAGAGUUGGCAACAGAAUGUGGUAUUGAAUUUGAUGAAGAAAACACAGCCGUCAUUGAUCAUCUAAAUUUUGAUAUCAACGAUGAUGGCAAGCACACCCUUAUUGUUGCUGAUACUAAUAAUUUAUUAGAUGCCCCAAUGAUAGUUGGACAGAAAGCUUCUUCUCCAUUCUUAUUCAGAGGAGUUGGUAUGGUAGCUGAUCCUGAUAAUCCUCUAGUACUUGGUGUUUUACAUGCUUCGUCUACAGCUUAUUCUUAUAAUCCAGAUGAAAAAAUAUCAGAGUUCCCUCAUGCUGUUGGUAAAAAUACUUUGUUGAUCAGUGCUCUACAAGCCAGAAACAAUGCUCGUGUUAUAUUUGUUGGUUCUAUUGAUUUCUUCAGUGAUGAAUUCUUCCAAACAUCAGUUCAAAAUGCCAACAAUGGAAAGAGAUUUGAGAAGUCAGGAAACCAGGAAUUGGCCAAUAACUUAGCCCUGUGGGUUUUCCGUGAGAAAGGUGUUCUCCGUGUAGGAACAGUUGAACAUCAUUUAAAGGGAUCAAAGAAAGUACCAGCAGCUUAUACUGUUAUGGAAGAAGUGGAAUACAGUAUUCAGAUUGAUGAAUUAACUGAUGGUCAGUGGAAACCAUUCCAAGGAAAAGAUGUCCAAUUAGAAUUUGUUAGAAUUGAUCCAUUCGUUAGGACAACUUUAAAACAGAAAAAUGGGUUAUUAUAUGUCAGCUUCAAAUUACCUGACGUAUAUGGUGUUUAUCAGUUCCGUGUAGAUUACAAUAGAGUUGGUUAUACACGUCUCUUCAGUACCACACAGGUUUCAGUUCAUCCAUUGAAACAUACUCAGUAUGAGAGAUAUAUACCUUCAGCUUAUCCAUACUAUAUCAGUACAUUCUCCAUGAUGUUUGGUGUCUGUAUAUUUAGUUUCGUAUUUUUACAUUAUAAAGAAGAUACAAAAGAUAAAAAAGAAUAGAGGAUUAUUUUAAAUUAAUAAUAAUGUUUAGUACAUUUUUUUAAAUAAAAAUUAAAAUUUAAGUAUUUACCAUUCCAUGAGAAAAAUAAGUUUUUGUACAAAAUAUCAAAAGAAAUGAGUAAAUUGUCUGAAAGGUGGAAUGUUAAAAAAUAAUUGUUGAAGACUGAAAAUGUUUUAAGAAUAAAAAAAUUAAUGAAUAACCACCAGUAAUUUCCAAAGAAAUAAAGUACAUUUUAUGAAAGAUUGUUUGUUCAAGAAAGUUGUUUAGGACUAAAAGUGUUUAUGGAAUACAAAAAAAAGAAGUGAGUAAAUUCAAAAAGUUUGAAAAAUAAUGACAUCAGAAUUUUUACGCUAUUAAUUGUACUUUCUAUCUCAUCAUAUGUCAUCAGAAAAUAAAAUAUUUGGACUCUUGUA